GAACACUGUUGCUGAGGAUAACUGCAGAAAUAAAGAAGAUAAGCUUUCUCUCUCUCUCUCUCUCUCUCUCUCUCUCUCUCUCUUGCGUUCCAUCAUUCCAUGAUUCUUUGCAUAGUUUCACAGUCCAGCACUUCCACAACCAUGCUCUCUCUGAAUACCAACAAGCCACUCUCCCUCUUCCACUCACAACUCCAGUCUGGUUCUCCAUUCCUUUACCAGAACCAACAACAGCCACCACCUCGCCUGCUUCACUUACGCAACCUUAAACCCACCUCCACCUCCACCUCCACCUCCACCACGCUCUCUGUUGCAGCAGCUGCUGCAGGCACUGGCAGCGCCGCCUCAUCAAAAUCACCAUCUUCCCCAUCUACCAACCAACUCUACCAACCCUUCCGCCCACCUCCCCCCUCUAUUCCUUCCCAAUUCCGCUCUCUUGGAACCGAUGGCCGUCUCGAAGUCCUCCAGAACCGUCUGGGACUCUGGUUCGAGUACGCCCUUCUAAUCCCCUCCCUUUAUAAGGAAGGCUUCACUCCUUCCUCUCUCGAAGAAGCCACUGGCAUCUCAGGGGUCGAACAGAACAGCAUCGUCGUCGCUGCCCAAGUACGUGACUCCCUUGUUCAAUCCAACUUCGACCCUGAAAUUAUCUCCUUCUUCGACAACGGUGGCGCCGAGCUCCUCUACGAGAUCCGCCUCCUCAGCGCUGCUCAGCGCGCCUUCGCCGCUGCUUACAUCGUCCAGAAUCGCCUAGACGCACGCGGAGCCCAAGAGCUUGCUCGAGCUAUGAAGGAUUUCCCUCGCCGACGCGGCGAACAAGGGUGGGAGAGCUUCACCUACGCCUCCCCGGCGGAUUGCCUCUCUUUCAUGUAUUUUAGGCAAAGCAGGGAGCACCGGGAACUGUCGGAGCAGCGGAAGUCGACGCUUGAACGAGCAUUGGAGGUGGCUGAGACGGAGAAUGCGAAACGGAGGAUUUUGGAUGAAUUGGAAUUGAAAUCUGAUGGGGGAGAAGAAAGAGAAGGGGAACUUGCGGUUACGACUAGGGUUCCCGUAGUGAGAUUGAAAAUUGGAGAGGUUGCAGAGGCCACUUCGGUGGUGGUAUUACCCGUCUGUGAAGCAGGUGAAGGAGAGAGAGGGGUAUUGGAAGCUCCUGAGGAGUGUAGAAGCGAAGGUGAGUUUGGGGUAGUGGUGGCCGAGAAAGGGUGGAAGAGGUGGGUUGUUCUGCCGGGGUGGGAGCCCGUGGUGAGACUAGGGAAAGGAGGGGUGGUGGUGGCGUUUGCAGACGCGAGGGUUUUGCCGUGGAAGGCGAAUCGAUGGUACAAGGAGGAAUCAAUUCUAGUGUUAGCUAAUAGAGAGAAGAAAGAUGUGGGAGCUGAAGAUGGGUUUUAUCUUGUUUCAUCUGUAGCAGCAGAUGAUCAUGGUGCUCUAAAGGUGGAAAGAGGAUCAGAACUGAAGGAAUUAGGAGUGAAGCAGUGUUUGGGAAGUGUAGUUUUGGUUGUUAGGCCUCCUAAGGAAGAAAAUGAUGAUCAGUUGCAGGAUGAUGAUUGGGAGUGAAAGUGACCAAUAGCCCAAUACAUAGAAGGGUCUUUCUUUUCCCCUUCUCCUUGUUUACAAAUGGAAUAAGUUGAAAUUUAGUACCUUUGUUCAAUACAUGUCACAUUGCAGUGCCACACUUUUGAAGGGGAUGAUUAGAUAGAGUUGAUUGGGAAUCCAUGUUUUGAUCUCACUGUGAAUGUAAGCUAGAUUGGAUUGAAUUAUUUGCCCUUUUUGUUUCUAAUGUUUGUAACUUCUUGUGAUUACUUUGAUAUUAAAUAUGAUGAAAUUAUUUUGCAAA